AUGUCGUCAACGCUCUCCUCUUGGCUCCCGCAGUCUGAUGGCUAUCUGCCAUACUAUAUGCUGAUCUUGUCACUCAUCUCCAUCGGCAACUCUGCACAGAACUUGAUAACCCUCCACUACACGAGGCGGGUCUAUAAUGCUCGCUUCAUCCCCAACCCGAAGCUCCCGCCGGCCACUCAGGGUUUCGAUCCAGAGGACGCCGUCAACAAGCUCAUUCUUGCUCCGAGCGGGAAGGGCUCGGACCAGGUUACUCCGCUGACCGCUCGCUGUUUCGGUACAUGGACUUUCAUUACCAGCAUCGUGCGACUUUACGCCGCCUACAACCUACGGUUCGGCCCUGUCUACGACAUCGCCAUCUGGACCUACGUCGUUGCCCUGGGCCAUUUUGCCAGCGAGCUUCUCAUCUUCAAGAGCAUGACGCUAGGGAAACCCCAGGUCUUCCCUCUCAUCUUCGCGACGACGGCGUUGAUCUGGAUGCCAUCGGUCCGUGACUUUUACGUGCAAUUCUCGUGA